GGGAGGGGAGGAGGGAGGAAGGCGAGAGAAAGCGCGCUGCGUGCGGCCCCGCUGCCCAGAGCCUGCCAGCAGCGCGUCCUCGGCGGCUCCGGUCCCAACCGCGCCCGCCGCCUCGCCUCCUCGGUCUCGGCCGCGUCCCGACUCCGGGGCUCGCCCGGCCUCUCGGAGGUCCCCGCCCGCCGGUCCGUCUCGGCUCUCCGCUGCGCCGCCCGGCUCCAGCCCCGCAGCCCGCCCCGGGGGAAGGUAGCAGCGGGCGAGCGCGCCCUCGCCCUCGCCUCCAACCCCGCGCCCCAGUCCCGCGCGGCGACGAAGGACCGGGAAGAUGAACGGCGGCGGCAAAGCCGAGAAGGAGAACACCCCGAGCGAGGCCAACCUUCAGGAGGAGGAGGUCCGGACCCUAUUUGUCAGCGGUCUGCCUCUGGACAUCAAGCCCCGAGAGCUGUACCUGCUCUUCAGACCAUUCAAGGGCUAUGAAGGUUCUCUCAUAAAGCUCACAUCUAAACAGCCCGUAGGCUUUGUCAGUUUUGACAGUCGCUCAGAAGCAGAGGCCGCAAAGAACGCUUUGAACGGCAUCCGCUUCGAUCCUGAAAUCCCGCAAACGCUACGACUAGAGUUUGCUAAGGCAAACACGAAGAUGGCCAAGAACAAACUCGUAGGGACUCCAAACCCCAGUACUCCUCUGCCCAACACUGUACCUCAGUUCAUUGCCAGGGAGCCAUAUGAGCUCACAGUACCUGCACUUUACCCCAGUAGCCCUGAAGUUUGGGCCCCGUACCCUCUGUACCCAGCGGAGUUAGCGCCUGCUCUUCCUCCUCCUGCCGCUUUCACCUACCCCGCUUCACUGCAUGCCCAGAUGCGCUGGAUCCCUCCCUCCGAGGCCACUUCCCAGGGCUGGAAGUCCCGGCAGUUCUGCUGAGGCUGUGUCUCGGGUGUGUGAUGGCGGCUGCAAUCUGUCUUGUGGGUAUUAAUGCGGUCUUCACUGGUGGCGACUGUCAUCCAGCUGUUCUGCAAAACUGGAGCUUGCUGGCUUGAAAACACCCUGCCCCGUUUUGACCCCUUCAAGACUUCACAACAGCCUCUAUCACACAUCUGUUUUCCUCAAAGAAAAAAAUAUAUAUAAUAAAAUGUGUUUUGCUCUUUUACACUGUAUAAUUUUAAGAAAUGUGUUAUUUGUGAAUGCAUGGUCUGACAUUUCUGUACAGUUUGAAGACAUAGAACAAAGACAGCAACAGUAAAGCCAAGAUCGUUAGUAUUUUUAUAAAGACAUUUUAAGAAUGGACAGAUGGAUUCUUACACUAGGUUAUAUCACGACUUUUCGCUUGAGUUUUGAAUGCUUUUAAUGGUGUUUAUCUUAUUUUUCUUCUGAAAUAAGAUGCAUGUUUGAAGCAUAUCUCUAGCAUCAAAAUUUUCCACAAUUGUGUUGUAAAUGUGUGGACUCCCUCUGCCUGGCCCAGUGUCAGGCCCUGUUAUUAGUAACGCGGUGUAGAAAUGAGCUUCUGCAGUACUAGCUCUGUAAUCCUGGCUCCCAGGGAUCUCUCUGCAAGACAAUCAGUGCCCCCAAGAGCAUUUGCCAUUGUAGUAUAUUCACCACUGGGCAAAGACUACUUAGGUAAUGUCUCUGAAACCCAUGGCCACUCCAGCUGAGACUAUACCAACUGUGCCCAGGGACAUAGUGACAUUCUAUACUUAGCAUUUAUGAUAGCACCCUCAGAGUGUGUAACCUAAUAUAUAUCACCCACCUUCCAUAAACUGUCUCCAUUUCCCCAGUGGAACCUUAUAUUUAAGGGGAGGGACCUUAGUUUGGAGGUAACCAUUGCCUCAAGAGGAGCAGGCCCUGCCCACUCAGCCUGCAGUGGACAUCACAUCUCUCUCAAGUGAUUCAGCAAAGCAUUGGCCUACCUGAGUAGCUAGCUGGUCUGGCAGCCAUGUCAGAUAGACCGCCCAUCAUGUUCUCUGGACGUGCUCAUCUUGAGACUACCUACUACAUUGCACAGGGCAGGGAAUGAAACAGUGGCCCUCUGCAAUGAAUACCCUUGCUUCAAGACUUCAAGGCCCAAAGUUAGUCUUGUGUUAUGUGCAACACAUUUCCAGAGGCUGUGACAGCACAGCCUCUCCUGCUCCUCAAAAAAGAGCUAUGUAUUAUUAUGUUGACCUCAGAAUUCCCAGCUGCUGUUACUAGACAUAAUCACAAUCUUUGUAUCUUUGUUUUUGAUCUGCUUGUGUUGUGUUGAAAAGGGUCAUAUUUUAAUGAUUUUUGUCAGUGGUUUGGGAGGGUUAUUUCAUUAUUUUUCAUGAGAAGUAAUGUCAAGUUUUUAAAGGUUUAAAAAAAGAAACACCAAGGCCUGGAAUAUGGGCCUUUUCACUGUAAACUAGAGGACGGGGGCAGGCAGCACUGGGAACUUAGACAUCCAAGCUGGUGUUCAGGGACUGCUCAUGGCCCCAGCCCCCGUGCCACUUGACUGUGAGACUCCUACUUGCUUUAUCAUCAAUUAUGCUUUUAUAAAUUGUGUAAAGGUACUUUUGUAUUGUCAUUUUUUAAAAAAAAUAAUAAAAGUUUAUUCCAGCCAUU